AUGGCUUCACCUCGAAAGAUUGAUAACCUGCCAGUUAUUAAACAGCGGGCGCUUGACAUGCAAGUGCUUUGUCUGGGGCUCUCUCGUACUUCCACGAUGUGCUACAGAACUUAUCAUUGUCGAGUUGCAGCACCCACAAAAGGUCAUAUCUCCCUAUGGUUGGAAGGCUUCGACGCCAAGUUGAACGGAAAUGGCAAAUCUUUCGGUCGUGAGGAAUUUGAUCUUACCAACUUUAGCGCUACCACAGAUAUGCCAGCUGUGAAUUUUUCUGAAGAACUCCUGGCGGCAUAUCCAGCUGCGAAAGUCAUCUUGACCACGAGAGAUCCAGAUAAGUGGAUUGAAUCGGUGGAGAGAUCAAUGUAUGCUGUUAUACACUCGCGCAUCUGGCCCUUGUUAAAGAUUAUUCUGCCAGAAGCCCUCCCAUUCCGUCAACUUCUCAUAAUCGCACUCACUGACUGGUCCGAUGGCGAACCGGAAGAUUGCAAAGCUCUUCGCGCAGGAUUUAUUGCUCAUAAUGAGAAAAUCAGAAGACUUGCUGGCGGAAGACUUCUUGAGUUCUCACCCAAAGAUGGUUGGGAACCACUCUGUAAUUUUUGGGCAAGCCUGUUCCAAAUGAACCUUAUCCGUAUGUCAACGCGGGAAAUAAUACACACAGGCUGUUUGUGCUUUCCAUGGUGUUUUAUUUCUUCAUCAAGUGGUCUAAGUGGAUUGGUGCCGUUGUAG